GCGAGGAUCAAAAAGGAAACCUCUUUAACUUUCUCCGUGUCAACCAUCUCAUCCACGUGUCACCAAAACUCCUUAACUCCCGGCGAUAAUGUACCGAACGGCGGCGAAACGUCUUCUCGGAACUGGUUUAACAACCACCCGCCUCCUCCGUUUACCCAAGCCCAGGCCCACUCUCAUCAUCCCUUACUCCUCCCACACUUCCGAAUCUCCAAUUAGUAAUCAAUCCCUAAACCCUAAUCAAUCGAAUCCCACCGCAGCUUCUCCUCCUUCCACGGCUAGAGAGGAAGAAGGGCAUCGUCGAGAUGAGAGCAUGAGGAAACCGAGAGCUGAGUUUCAGGAAGAGCAGGCUCGUGUCCUCGCCGCCUCUCUUCGCCACGUGGCGAGAUUAGGUUGGACGGAGGAAGCGAUGAUUGCAGGUUCGAGAGACGUUGGUGUGUCUCCUUCUAUUGUUGGGUCUUUCUCAAGGAAAGAAGCUGCUCUUGUUGAGUACUUUAUGGAUGAAUGCUUGCAACUGCUUAUAGACAGAGUAGACUCUGGGUUGGAUUUGCAAAACUUGAUUCCUAGUGAACGUGUUUCGAAGCUCGUUAGGAUUCGUUUAGAGAUGCAGAUUCCUUACAUGUCUAAAUGGCCUCAAGCUCUUAGUAUUCAGGCACAUCCGGUGAAUGUUCCGACGAGUUUUAAGCAACGGGCGAUGUUAGUUGAUGAGAUAUGGCACAGUGUUGGAGAUGGAGCAUCGGAUUUGGAUUGGUAUGUCAAGCGUACUGUUCUUGGAGGUGUUUACUCAACGACUGAGAUUUACAUGCUUACUGAUGACUCCCCAGAGUAUCGCGAUACAUGGGCGUUCUUGGAUGACAGAGUCAAAGAUGCUUUUGAUAUGAAGAAGAGCAUACAAGAGGCUAAGUAUUUUGCACAAGACAUUGGAGCUGGAGUUGGGAAAUCGUUUCAAGGACUGAUGAAUGGAGUUAUGCAGACCAUGUCGAGAAGGGGUGGUAGCUCUGCUUUUUGAGAAGAAAAAAAAGAUUCACACCUUUACACAAUAAAUCUGUUUCAUCCUUUUGGAUUCUCCAGUAUUUUGAGUUUAGAAUACGCUAAUAUCAUUAUGUAUGACUUGAAGUGUAUAAACUAUUUUGUUUAUCUUCUACUUUAAAAAUAAAUCAGGUUGUGCUAUGUGAGUGAACAGAAAAGACGGUUGCUGGUUCACAUAUCAAUUUCAUAAACA